GCUUCGAAACUAACUACUCUUCAAUGGUCAGUGAAGGAAUUUUCCAGUGAACUUACAAUUAUACAAUUAUAUAAUUGUAAGGAAUUUUGCAGUAAACUUACAAUUAUACAAUUGCUAGAGCAUGGUGAUAACGCACAAGAGAUCCCUUCAUCAUGUUUCUGUGCUUGUUACUGUGGUCCAGUUUUUAGUGCAUAUCAAUCAUGGAUGCAUAGAAAGGGAGAGACUCGCACUCCUUAGUAUCAAACACGACCUCAUUGACGACUAUGGUGUUCUUUCUUCUUGGGGCAUCGAAGAAGACAAAGGAGAUUGCUGCAAAUGGACAGGCAUCUCUUGCAGCAAUCGAACUGGUCACAUUACAAUGCUUGAUCUUCGAUUUGGUUUGCUGAAAGGUAAGAUAAGCCAUUCCUUGCUUGAACUGAGACAUCUUACUCACUUGGACUUGAGUUUCAAUAAUUUUGGUGGUACUCACUUCCCAGCUGAUAAUAAUUGUUCCCUCUCCGAGUUGAGAUACUUGGAUCUCUAUCACGCUAAUUUUUCUGGAACCAUCUCUCCUCUGCUUGCCAACCUCUCCAGCUUGCAGUAUCUUAAUAUGAGUUAUAAUCAUUUUCAUGAUUUAACAAACAUUGAUUGGCUUGGUCUUUCUUCUUUAAGUUACCUUGUUCUGAGUGGCAAUCCCCUUGUUAAUCCCAGUGAUUGGUUGCAAAUAGUUAACAAACUCCCUCAUCUAGAAAGCUUGAUACUGUCCAGCUGCUUUUCUGGGGAUGUGAUUCCUCCGACUCUUUCGCCAAUCAAUUCUUCUUCAUCACUGUCUAGCCUCGUUCUCUCUAAUAAUAACCUUGUGAUUCGUUCAAUGCACCCAUGGUUGUCUAACAUCAGUCAAAAUAUUGUACAACUUGACCUCUCUUCCAACCUUUUACAAGGUCCAAUUUUAGCUGAAAUUGGGAAUAUGAUUUCUCUUGAAUUGCUUGAUCUCGCUAAUACUUCACUUGUGGGAGGUAUUCCAAGAUCCUUCGGAAACAUGUCUCGAUUGGCUGCUUUAGACCUAUCAAACAACAAUCUCGGCGUACCACUUUCUCACUUGAUUCAAAAUCUAUCUGGUUACGCGGAGAAAUCACUGGUGCUCUUAUGGGUAUCCGGAGCUCGAUUAACAGGUUUAUUGCCUGAUCUUACAAGAUUUUCAUCUUUAAGAGAUCUAGAACUUGGAAACAAUCUCUUGAAUGGGACCAUAGACAAGAGCAUCGGACGUCUAUCCAAGCUAGAAAUUUUGGAUCUUAGUUGGAAUUCAUUGAAUGGACUCAUAUCCGAAGAUCAUUUUUCAAAUCUAUCUAUCUUGAAAGAGUUGGAUUUAUCUGGUAAUUUUCUCAUUUGGAAUGUGAGUCUCAACUGGGUUCCUCCAUUUCAUCUAGGAAAAAUAAAUCUUCGAUCCAACAAUUUGGGACCUCAUUUCCCUAAAUGGCUCCGAAGUCAAAAAAAUUAUUCUUCACUGGAUAUCUCUGACUCUGGAAUUUCUGAUUCCAUUCCCUGGUGGUUCUGGGACUCCUAUUCUACUUAUGUCCAUUCAUAUUUAAAUAUUUCUCAUAACAAUUUCAGUGGGACAUUACCUCAUAUUUCAUUCAGCCGAACUUAUUUUUCCAAUUAUCUUGUUAUUGAUAUAAGUUCUAACCAUUUUAAUGGUCCAUUGCCUUUGCCUCUAUCUGUAGAUUCACCAUUCAUCUACCUUGACCUCUCAAGAAACCUAUUUUCUGGAAUAAUUCCUGAUCGUUUGAUUAGAGGGAAAGGUCUCGUGUUUUUAAAUUUGGCUAAUAACAAUUUGAUUGGGAAAAUUCCGGCCGCCAUAGGAUCACUUUCGGAACUUGAAACACUGAAUUUAGGAAACAAUGCCUUGUCUGGACCAUUACCUUUGGCUUUAAAGAAUUGCACUAAAUUGAGAUUCAUGGACCUGAGUGGUAAUGAAUUGUCCGGUAAUGUUCCCACUUGGAUUGGAGAAAGCCUAACCUCUUUGCAGUAUCUGAGCCUACGAUCCAAUCAGUUUUAUGGAAGCAUGCCCUCUCAAGUUUGUCAAUUAAAACAUGUUCAAAUCUUGGACCUCUCUGUAAAUAAUAUCACUGGAACCAUACCAUAUUGCCUCAAGAAUUUAAGUGCCAUGGCUCACAGGGAUUCAACUAAAUCAAUCCAUCAUGUAUAUAAUUAUAGGAAAACUUUUCGGCUGUUUUCUUAUAUUGACACAGCAUUAGUUCUUUGGAAGGGACAAAAUUACAAGAGUGACAAAAAUCUUGGACAGUUUAGGAUAAUUGACCUUUCAAGCAAUAAAAUAGGAGGAGAAAUUCCAAGGGAAAUAUCAAGCCUCUCACAGAUUAAGCAAUUGAACUUGUCCAAUAACAAGUUGCUUGGUUCAAUCCCUGAAGAGAUUGGUUGUUUGAAGGAAUUGGAAUCACUUGAUCUCUCUCAUAAUCAUCUGUCAGGCAGACUUCCUGCUAGCAUGGCUGAUUUAAAUUUUCUCAACACCUUGAACUUGUCAUAUAAUAGUUUGUCUGGGAGAAUUCCAUCGAGUACUCAGCUUCAGAGCUUCAAUGCUUCUUCAUUUUCUAAUAAUCUUGCACUCUGUGGGUUACCUCUUCCACAAAACUGCACAGAAGAUGGUAUUCCAGAUCCACAGCCCAACCAUAAUGGUCGAUACAAUCAAGAAGACGGAGAUGACUUCUGGAAAUGGUAUUAUACUGGCAUGGGUGUUGGAUUCGUUGUGGGCUUCUGGGGAGUAUCAAGCACUUUACUGUUAAAGCGUUCUUGUAGACAUGCCUUUUUCAAACUCUUGGACAAAUUUGGAGAUUGGGUUUAUGUGAAAAAAGCAUUCUGCAAGAGAAGAUUGCAACAGAAAUUUCAUGGCUAGGAUUCAUACCUUCUUCUGAAAUGGGUGCCAAGGUAACAUCCUUAAAAUUCUUUACUUUUUAAAUUUGACACGUUUGAGAAUAUUAACAAAUAAUUUGCAUUUUAUGAUUAACUAUCUUUCUGCGUUUUUUUUUUUCAUUUUCUUAUUUUCUUCCUCUCCACUGUUCUUUGAUAGUAGGACUUGCUCUUGCUUCACCAUAUUAGCUAGUUGCUCAUCAUUUUGAUUAUGUUUUGCUUCUCCAAGAAUGUGAAAUUUGAGUUUUUUUUUUUGUUUCAUGAA